AGGCAUUCGCUAGCUGCAGGCUGUCUGUGAUGAUAGCGACUCGACACAUGAUCAACAGGGAUGGUAGAGCUUCCUGUGAUCCUCCAGCACCAGAUGAGUGGCAGGUGCACGAGUGACGGUGCAAAAGCAAUGCUGUGCAGCCCAAAACAAUGAAGAAGAUAUUCAGCUUCACUAAGAAGAAGAAACAAUCGUCCGGUACCCCCGACAAUGGAAGUGUGCUUUCCGUGGGCUAUGAGCUGAAAGACAAGGACCUUGGGAAGGUUCACAAAGCUGCCUCAGCAGGUGACUUAGCAAAGCUGAAGCAGCUUGCUAAGAAGAAUGAUAUUAAUCAGCUUGACAAGGAAAACCGAACUGCACUACAUAUUGCCUGUGCUAGCGGUCAUGCUGAAGUCGUGCAAUUCCUUGUGGAGAGCAAAGCCAAGCUUGACCUAUGUGACAAUCAAAACAGAUCCGCCUUAAUGAAGGCUGUACAGUGCCAGCAUGAGCGUUGUGUCAACAUACUGCUCGAAAACCAUGCUAAUCCAAACCUUGUGGACAUCAACAGCAACACAGCACUACAUUUAGCAGCAAACAUCCCCGCUGUGUCCACUGCUGUCCUGCUGCUGCAGUAUGACGCUGAAAUCAACGCUCAAAACAAGGAGGGUUUCACGCCCUUGUCUGUAGCAGUGCGUGAGGAUCACAUUGAGAUGGCAGAGUUUCUUCUGAAGGAAGGAGCCAAUGUGAAUUUCAUGGACCAAAACCAAAGGUCUCCACUAAUGAUCGCCGCUGGUAAUGGACAGAUCAGUAUGGUACGAUUGCUCCUGCGGUUUGAUGCGGAUAUCACAUUGAAGGACGCCAGUGGAUAUUCCGCUGAUGACUAUGCAGUAAUGAAUGGACAUCAUCCUUGUUCUCAUCUAAUCAUUGAGCACGGUACUCAGAGGAAAGACGGUGCGUCGCUGUCGCAUCAAGGUACCAGCAAAAAGAAGAAAAAGAUGUUGGGCAGUCACUCUCAAGAUGCUGAAGCAGGCUUCUCCCUGGGGGGUCCCGCCACUGACAGGGAUGAUUUCGAUGACAAUUCUCAGUCAGAGUCAUUAAGUCGGGUUUCCAAAAGUGCUGCAGAUGAGUGGCCUUCGUCAGAGGAUGACGAGGAAUCUCUUUCAACUGAAAAAAAACGACUGAAAGUCAACAUCAGCAAAAUGAUGGCGUCUAAAACGACGGAAGCGUCUGCUCUCCAUGACACAUCCCUGAGUGGUACAGAGUCUGACCCAGAGAGUGAAAAUAGAGUCCAGAGAAUCCCAUCCCACCCAAAGGCUUUAUCAUCCGUCCAAACUGUGCAGUCCCCCGUAGAUCCCUCUCCUGCUCCCCUGCCCUGUAAAGCUCCCCAGAUGACCUCUACCCCUCUUCCAAAGUACACAAAGAAGGAAGAGUUGACAGUGGACAGUAGCGAUAAAUCUGAUGAGGAGAAGGAAGAAGACGAGGAAGAAGAGGCGAAGGAAGGAGAUGUGUCAGAUGAUCCUCCUGAAGACGGUGGAGAAUUCAUCGAUACCACUUUGGCUGUUCCUGAGGCAGAAGGCUCCAAAGAGAAGAAAAGAGAUUUACUGUCUGAGCUGGGUCUGGAGAAUGGUGAGGAGGAGCAGGAUACAUGGGAUACUGAGUCCAACUCUGAAAACUCCCCUGCCCCGCACGAAGAAAGGCCAAGCUUCCAAGCCCCCGAAGAAAGGAUGACCACUCCAAAAGAAGAAAUCAAAGAAGACUUGCUUUACAUUCCCUCUUUUAUAAGACGGGAAGGAGACAGUAGGAUGGCAGUGCUAGAGACUCGGAAGAAUAUAGGCAGGCCAGGAGGAAGCCAGGGAGAGGAUGGAAAAGUUGGUGAUGAUGAUGAUGAUGAUGAUGAUGAUGAUGAUGAUGAUGUGAAGGCUGAUCUAGGUGAUUCUACACAGAAAGAGAUGGAGAGGGCAAAGUUUGGUCCACUCAGUGUUAUGAGCAAACUUGAAGGUGAUCCGAAGACAGAUUUAAUGGAAGAACUCGGUCUGGGAGAUGUUGAUGAUCUUGAAGACGCGUCCGACUGGGACUCAGCCAGCACAGCCAGUAAGCGGACCCUGCCCGGCCGCAGAGGGACGUCUCCCGGACUCGAGGAGUUCCCAGAAUGCUCCAGUUCUCCCGUUAAGAACCAGGGUAGAGACUUUGCUCUCACUGCACCCCAGACCGUUCAGAUGAGUGUUGAUGUUGAAAAAAGCCCCUCCGGCACACCGCCUGGGUCAGCUCCACACCCUCAGCCUCGAGCAAGGAAAGCUGUGCCUCAGAAACCAAACAGUGAGGAAGACUCGGAUUGCGAGUCGGACAAAAUCACUUCUGGGAAAACAGCUCAAACUGACACUCAACUCCAACAUGGAGCCGAUCCUUCACCAACAGUUAAACAAAUUUCCCCUGAGCCUUCACCAAGGAGGAGGAACGGCACGAGUGGAGCGGAGAUGGGAAACCAGCAGCAAAAGGGAAAAGAUGAUGCUGUAGAUAGACGUAAGUUAGAUCUAAAUAACUCUGUGAGCUCUGAAAGUGGGAAAGAGAACAGUGAAGGAAAAGACGACGCAGGUGACGACGUGCCCUGGGAGAGACGCUACGAGAAGCUCUGGGUGGAAGUGGAGAAGAAGGAGAUGAAGUCCACCUUCAAGAACGUUGCAGGUGAAUUAAAAGAACGGUUUGGAGAGCUGCUGAGGUCGAAAACUCCGACAGAAAAAGUCUUGGAUGACGUGGACACGGCCGGCUCCACCUCGGCAGAAGAGGACUCAAGCGAUGAAGAUGACGGGGAAGUCAUAGUGCGUCCUACGGCCAGAGCGAGAAGCAUCGUCCUCCUAACCAUCCCGGAGCAGAGGGAGUCUGGACUGGAGGACUCGGCUACAGAGUCCACCGAUAAUUCUCUAUGUGAGGACAGGAUCCAGGACAGCGAGCGCAGCAUCCAUCAUAAAGCAGACAUAGUCACUGACCAUCCGGUGGAGUCUUCUUCACCACAACUCAACACGGCGCAGACAUCCCACACUACCGUGCCCACGCACGUCCCUGAAUGUAGCUCAUCGUUACAAGAAAAUACCCAGAAAUCCAUGGAUUCAGUAAUGAAAGAGGGAAGUGGUGACAUGAACGAACACCUGAAGAAUUAUUCGAGGUCAGAAGAUGUUCCCAGAGAGAGAGCCGCAUCAGCGCCCAUUCCAGGUGUUUCUGAUGAAGAGCUGCCAGAGGACACGGAAAGGUUUAAGCUGGAGGUAGGGAAGCUGAAGGUUGUCUUCUUCGAUUUGGAGAAAGAAAAGACCCAACUUCAGAAAGAGACCAGCAAAGAGGCGACGGAGAGUGCAGCAGCAGCGGCGGCGGCGCGGAUGUCGGGCGGCUCCGGAGACGCUGGCGGAAUGGGCCUGGAAGAAGUUGGCAGUGAGAAACCUGAGAUCAGGUCAGGAUGCCUGGCAGGGGAAGCAGCUCAACAGCAGCAGCAGCCAACGGCAACAAAGAGGUCACGUAGACGCCGCAGCUCCCUGACUGUCAAGUUGACCCCUCUCCAUGGCACCAACAGGGCCCCGGUGCUUUCACCUCCUCCAGCCAAGCAGAGCUGCGGUAGCAGCAAGCAGCAGACGGAGAGCUUAAAGCCGGAGCCGGCCGCAGGGCCCCGGCUCAGCAGAGUUAACGGAGACCCCCUCUCUGUGUUUGACGAUAGCACUUUAAGUGACGUGUCGGACGAUGAAGGAAGGAUGCCGGCUGCUGGACCACACAAAAUCAAGACCCCUGAAGAUGUGGAGAUGGCAGAAGACUUUGAUGAGCUCACGCAGUCGUCCGAUACCGCCACGGACGACAUCGACUCCCCCACGUCUGGCUAUCGGCACGCAUCCCUCCUCGUUCAGAAGCUGGAUUUGCCUGAUUUAGACUCGAGAACGAAAGUGAAACUCCAGAACAUUUUCCACGAAUACGAGCGCUCCAACCAAAAGACGAGGAGCCGCUGCGAGUACGAGGCCGACAAGGUGAGGCAGCUGGAGAUGGAGAGGACCGAGCUGAAGAGCAACCUGGAGGAAGUGAAGGAUGUGAAGUCCGCCUUGGAGCGCAACCAGCUGGAAUUACAGACGGAAGUCACCAACCUCAAAUUUCACCUGAAGCAGGAGCAGGAGAAUCGCCGUAAUGCCACCAUGAUGUACGACGCCACUCGAGAUAAGCUGAGGAGGAUGGAGGAGCAGCACGAGCUGGAGGUGCAGGAGAGGCAGAAGGUGGAGCUCACACUCAGAAACCAGGAGCUGGAGAUGAGGACCCUGGUGAACAACAUGAAACAGCUGGAAGAGGACCACAGUGAGACCCAGAGACUCCUGGCCCAGGAGCGCAGUGCACGGUCACUGCAGGAGAACCUGCUGAGCACCCAUCUCCGGAAACAGCAAGAAAUAGAGGACGAGAACAAAAGACACAUGAGUAAAAGUAAUGAGGCCUUGUCUCAGCUCACCGAGGCCAGCGACAGGGAGAGGGAGCUGGUCCAGCAGAACGCCAGCUUGCAGGAGCAGCUGACCGUUAUGAGGGCAGAACUGGAGGGUUUUCAGGCAAACAGCAGCCUGAAAGAGAGUCACCAUCAGGACGAGAAAGAGGCUCUGAAGGAACAGCUGGAAGACACCCGGCGAGAUCUGAAGCUCAGCAACGAAGCCCUGACCCAGACCGUCUUCUCCUGCGACAGCAAGAUGACUGCCUUGAAGUCCGAGCUGGCGAAAACCACCAGCCGCCUGGAAAGCGAGCGUCAGUCUCGCGAGGCGCUGGAGGCCGAGGUGGAGUCGACUCGGAUCCGCCUGGCCGGAGCCGUGAAGGAGGCCGAGCUCUGCCUGGCCGCUCGCACGGAUGUAGAGAAGUCUCUGCUCCGAGAGAAAGAGGAGCACCAGCGCCUCAAAGACAAAAUCUCAGAUGGAGCAGCCAGUCAGCGGGAAGCAGUCAGCAGCCUGUCACAGAAGCUCGCCAAGGCGGAAGCUCGCGCCAACAGCAUGGAGAACGAGGUUCACCGCGUCACGCUGCAGCUGACGGAGAAGAGCGUCCUGCUGGAGGUCCUGCAGCGCGAGAAGGACCAGGCGUCCGCCCGCGUCAAGGAGGCGGAGACGGCGCUGCAGGCCGAGAAGGAGGCGGUCAGCCGUGCCAGGGCGAGCCAGGAGGCCCUGCAGGAGCGGCUCGCCCAGACCCAGAGCGAGGCCAUGCUUCUCCGUCAGCAGCUGGAGGAGUCCCAAAACAAAGGCGUGGCGAAGGAGCGCGCUGUGACCGACGCCCAGGAGCUCUUCAGCGACCUUUUGUCCAAGGUGCGCUCUGACUGCGAAGAGAGGGUCCAGCUGGUGGAGGACAGGAACAAGGAGCUCGUCAGUAAGGUUGCUGAUCAGCGGGAGCAGAUCUGUAAGCUGGAGGAAGAGAAGGAUGAAAGAGAGGCGAAUCUGAGGCAGCUUCAGCAGGAGCUGGCAGACUCUCUGAAGAGGCAGUCGAUGAGCGAGGCCUCUUUAGAAGUGAACACUCGUUAUCGGAGUGACCUGGAGGAGGAGAAGACUCGGCUGCACAAAGACCUGGACAGGCUCAAAGGAAAGCUCCAAGAAAGCGAAGAUCAGUACAUGCAGGCAGAGAGACUCAUCAACGGCCUGAAGAACAAUCUGAAUGAGAAGGAAAUGGAGCUCACGUCUGCUGCGCAGAAGCUGCAGGAGGCGCUGUCUGCCUCAGGAGCUUCCAGUAUAACCAUCAAACAGCUGGAGGAAGCCGUACAGAGGUUGGAAAUAGAGAAUGCCAGAUUAGAGGCUGCUGCAAAACAACAGUCCAACAAAAUCGACGCCCUUCAGAAAGGAGCUCAGGAAGCCGCCAUGCUCUCUGACUGCUCGCCUGGAGGAGGGGUCAGAGGUCAUUUAGAAGAGUUGGUCACAAACCUCCAAAGCAGUAAGAUGUCUUUGGAAGACCAACUCAAUAGAGAGGUCCAGAAGCAGAGCAUGUUGUCUCACACGGCCCAGGACUCCCAGGCGCUGUGGGAGGAGGAGCUGAAGAGCCGCUCCAAGUUAGGACUGCGCCUGGCGGAGCUCGAAAAAGAAAAAGGCGAACUGAACACCCAGAUGGAAAUUGAAAAAAAGAAAGCCAAGAAGAUCGUGGAGCAGAAGAAGGCUGUCGACACGCGCCUGGAUCAAGAGAUGAAGAGAAACACAGAGCUUCAAAAAGAAAUGUACAGGCUGCGCACUUUAUUAAAAACUGCUAAGAAGAAGCUGCGAGAUCAGGAUGCGGGCGGGGCGGAGUUUGUGUCUCCGAUGAGCAGCCUGCGGAUGGACGCGGGCCGACACAGCCAGGUCGACGGGGGCUUCGGCCGAAUGACAGACAAGGUGGACGAUCUUCAGGGCCAGCUGGAGAAAGAGGCGUCUCGCCGCAGCCAGCUCGAGAAGGUGAACAGCGACCUGAGGGACCAGCUGGCCUCCCUGAAAGGCCUGAGCCGCAGCAACGAGCAGCUGGAGAGGAGCAGGAGGCAGCUGGAGGAGGAGGUGCUGGACCUCAGGCGCCGGAUGGAGGCCUCGCAGGUGGAGCAGGGCCAGGUGGAGCAGUACCGCCGCGACGCGGACGAGAAGGCCCGGCAGGAGGUCCAGCAGAAACUGGAGCAGGUCAACCUCUUCCUCCAGUCCCAGGCUGCUUCCCAAGAGGCUCUGGACCAGAUCAGAGCCGCCAACGAGGCCAACCUGCGCUCUCAGCUGGAGCAGAAGAUCCGGGAGCUGGAGGGGGAGCUGGGCCGGGCGCGCACCACCCAGCAGGACAGCCUGAACCAGAGGGAUUCCACGCGCACGGAACUGGACAGAUACCGCCAGCUCUACUCGGAGGAGCUGCGCCUCCGCAAGUCUCUGGCCGCCAAACUGGAGAGGGCCAAUAUUCGGCUGGAGGAAGCGAAUUCCAAGUUGCUGAAUGAACGCAGCCGGUCUCUGAUCACCAGCAACAUUGGGAACGGGAGCCUCGGCGGCGCCUCGCUGGACCUCGGCUCUCUGGCUUCACCGGCAAACUACGGGGCCACGUUAGGGCCCCUCAGCCGAAGCCUCGGCCUGGGGCUCCCCCUCUUUAGCCCCAUGGCGGAAGCGCAGAGCAGCAGGGUGGAGGACUACCUGGCCAAGAUGCAGAGUGAGCUGGACAAGAACAUAUCGAGGGAGCUGAGCAGCGCCGCGGCGGAGCUGGACGUGGCCUCAGCCCGGCUGUCCCCCGUGGGCUCGGCGUCCAGGGCGGAGCUGGACCCGGUGAGCAGGGCGACGCAGCAGUACCUGGAGGUCCUGAAGAGGAACCACAUGAUCUGACGUCGCGUUUCGGACGCUGCCGUCUUAAGUAGUGACAAACGCUAAAGACUCUGGUUGAACCAAAGUUUCUGACCUUAAUCACAUUGUUACUCUGGUAUGAACGUAUAUAUGAUGCACAUUGCACUUAACCACUCAGGAGCAAAGGGCAUGAGGCGCACACACACACUAGAGCGUUAUUGAUUAACAACAACCUCAAAAGUAUUUGUAUUUUUGGACUUUUUUUUGUUUGUUCUUUCAGUCUUAUGUAAAUAUAACGACAUAGACACGUGCGUAUGUGUGUAUAUAAUAUACAGAAUGGUAGCUUUGGACUUCAUUUGUGAAUAUUGGUGUUGCUAAAUCUGUAUUUUUUAGUAUUUGUAUUCAUCAUUCAUAAUGUUGCCAAGAUGCUGCAUGGUACGUGCCAUCAAAUGGUGCAAUAUCUGUCUUGGGCUCACAUUUUGUUUCGUCAUCAUUUUAUUUAUUUCCUUUUAAAUGAUAUACUUGAAUCAGACGAGCUGGAAUGCUCUCCAGCUAUAAAAGCGGGGUCUACAUUUAUACACCUGUCACGUCAUCUCUGGCUGGAUGCUUUUCACUUCCACCAAAGGUGAGAUUAUGUUAUUAUUCAUAAAUACUGUAACUACAAUUAUAACUAGCGUUGAAAGAUAAUCAGUCUUAAGAUAGAGACAACGUUUUCUAAUGUAACGUACAUUAUUUUUGUGGAAUAUGAAAUAAAAUAUUUCCU